AAUUCGCGACAGGCACGUGACUGAACCACUGUCACUACUUGUACUGCUAUUACUACUGCUGCUAUUGCUGCUGCUACUACUUUCACUACUACUGCUAUUGCUAGUAUAACUGCAACCGAUAUUGCUAGUGUAGCUGCUACCGUUUCUGCUGUGCUGCUACUGCCUAAGUCAAAAGUGAUAAAAAGUACUUCCACUGCUACUAGACUGAAACUGCUAUAGAGCUGCUAGCGAGCACUACUGCUGCUGCAAUGGAUCGCACACAGUCCUACCACUCCCGGCAAUCUUCCGUCGGCUCAUCCUUCUCACGUCCGCUCUCCGCCCAACAAGCAGAUCAAGUCAGCUAUGUUCAACGCAUGCGCAUAGCAAAAGGCACAGUCUGGGCAGAGCGUGGUCCGAAGGAUGCCGUCAAUGAGCAGCGAAAGCAAAAAGUAGCUCAAACCAAAAAGCGCGGAUUCGGCAUGAAAAUGUUUCAUGGUGCUCCGCCUGCUCAGCAAGCAAGAACCGGGAAAUCCAAGUUGCAGCCAUAUGCAGCGCCUCAGCAUACUACCCUUAUUCCUCGUCUUUCUGCCUCUGAAGCCAAUGACGAUAAUGAUCAAGACUUUGAUAAUUUCACGUCCAGUGCCAAUUAUGAAGCGAAAAGAACAAGCGCAGCACCAAGCUUAUCCAAGUCAAGUCUACGCAGAUACCCAACGUCAACGCACAACUCGACAUUUACUCCCGACGUGCCCUCUGUGCCAACAUCACCGGUGGGUCUGACCCGUCUCAAUCACCUCGACUCGGGACUUUCCUCAGGUGCCAAUUCUUCAGCACAGCAUGAUAUGCCAUUCCCGGCACCAAAUCAAACUUCCUUCGGUUUUGGUUCAACGAGCGGCUUUGCCACCUCGAGAAGCGGAUCGCCUACCCAGCUUCAGCAAUACACACAACAGCACAUACCCGAUGAUUCGGAUGAUGAAGAAUCCCGAUACCAUCAACCACGACAAAAGCUAUUCAUUGCCAAUGCUGAUAUAUCAGACUCAGAUUAAGUCUUUAUCUGUGUUUGAUAUGAGAAUGAAGCAAUGAACCAAGUAUUGGCAUCCAAUUGUACAGGAUCUGUGAUGUGGCAGCCACCUUUGAGCAUGACACCGAGAUUGAUAUUUGGCUUGGAGAGCUCAAGUCGGAUGUUGGUGUAGUUUU